GUGAAAUAAGGAUAAGCGCUAUCUUGUGGUGUUUUGUGAGAGCAGGGAUAUCUUGAGAGGAAGUGAACCCUUGAGGUCACCAUGGGAGGCAAAGUCAGCUCCAAAAUGGCAGCUCCCACCGCUCGAGUGAUACAGGUCGUGAGGCCUCAUGCUCCUCUGAUCAAAUUCCCCAACAGACAUGGCACCCCAAAGCCCAAUGUCCAAGAAGCACUGAAAACACUUGCAGUUAAUCUUCAACAACACAACGCUCCCAGUGCUCCUUCAGCUGCUCCUCCUCCUCAGUUUUCUCGACCGCAUUCACUUUUGACCCCGAUCUCUGGCACGCCCGACACCCUGGCCUCUGUUCAGCUCCUCCCUGCACGAUACCGCCGAAGACCGCUCUCUGCUGACGAAAUGGACUUUAUUCAGCGUGGUGGUCCAGAAUGAUGAGAAGGAAUUCAAUCAUUGCAACCAAAGUCCUUAUCUGUGGAUCAGUCUCCCUCUUUCUGCUCCUCAGCACCAAUGCCAUAUGAUACAUAAUUUAGAAUAAAAUAUUACUUAUUGCUGUUCAAAUGUACAUAUGUUUAUUUUUGUAGAUAUUGCAAGUUGUAAAGUGACAUCAUUUCUGAUCUAUGUCAUAAUGUUGUUUCCUGAUCAUAAACAUACCUGGAGUUGUUUUGUUUCAUUCACACGUUUAACACACAAAUCUUGCAUCUUUCGGCUGAGCUCUUCUCUCAAACCAAAUACACUACCCCUCGUAAUGUCAUGUGGUAAUACAGGAAGUGCUCCACUGUGUUUUUAAACUCACCUUCACCAGAAUCAUUUGGAUUAUUUCAGCUCUGGAACUGCCAAUCUCUACUCAACUAAAGGUAAAAGGCAGCUGUUAACUUGGAAAAUGCCACACAGAGUAUUUUGAGCUUUAGAGAUGUAGACAGACGAACAAUGUAGGGUUACUCAGACGUGUAAAUGAAAUGAACACAACUCCAGGUAUGUUUUUGAUGAGGUAACAACAUUUAAACAUGGCUUAAACUUGACAGGAGUCCAUUUUGUGUAAUACUUUUUACAGACCAGGUCAAAACAUGCAUCUACACUGAGUACAGAGUAAUACUAUGUCAAAUCUCCCACAAUCUUGCUACACUACGCACAUUUUACUCAAGUGUUUCAUAAAAUAUAGGAAAUAAAUUAUUGUAAUACUGGCUUAAUAUUAGCACUUUUAAAUUGAACUCAAAAGAAUAUUACAGUUCUAGGUCUUCAUGUGAACAACUGAACUUGAAAUAAAGUAUUGACUUAAAUGCA